UAAUCGGUGUAAUCUGUUCUUAACAGUCAUACUUUUCUUUCUCCAAAAGGGUAUAUACUGUUUUGAUCGCACACAUUCAGUUCAGUGCCAUUUCGAUGAAAGAUGUACAUGCAUAGUUUAUCAAAUGCAUGUAAAGGUCGACUGUUCAGGGAAAAAUAUUACAGAUAUUCCAGCUUUACCUGAAAAUAUCAGCCGUUUGAAUCUUCAACACAACAGUAUAAGCGAAAUUCAAGCCAAUACAUUCUUACAAUCAAACAAGCUCAUAGGUUUAGAUCUUUCGUUUAAUGAAAUAUCUAGUUUGAUGCCACAAGCCUUUAUCGGACUAAUAAGUUUGUUGUACCUGAAUCUAGACCAUAACAAAUUGAACUAUAGUGAGGUUACAUUACCAAAAGGCGUUUUUAAACCUCUCGUUUCUCUUACACAUCUUAGUAUAAAGUUUAACAUUGAUCAAACCGAUUUGACCAGUAGUUGUUUUAACUUACCCUCUGAAACAAUAGCAGAUUUAUUAAUGCUUGAGACAAUAGAACUCGAUGCCUCUUCUAAGACUGCGAAGCAUUUUGGAGAGGGAUUUUCACAUUUACUUAAUCUUCAUUUCUUAUACAUUGGACAAUCAUUUGUGCUGCAAAUGUUAAACAGCACUUUCGAAUUUAUGACUUCGCUUCGUAGAAUUUUCGUCAAAUGUGCUAAAAUAGAAGUAGGCGAAGGAUCUUUUGCUAAACUAAAGCAACUUAAUCUAUUAUCUGUAGAACAUGAUAGCAUCUUUAAGUUGAACUUUAUUGAAUUUAUCCAAUUCGUUAAUCAAUUAAGAACUAUUGAAACCUUCAUAUUAACCAAUGCCUUGAUAAGUGAUUCAAUGUCCCUUUUCCCGUGGGACAUUGUUAACCUUGUUUGUCGCAAUACACCUUUGCGGGAAUUAUAUAUAACCCAUAACGGACGCUAUGAGUGGGAUUUCCCGAAAUAUCCAACAUCGCCAUCACCAAGACUUAAAGUAGUUGAUUUUUCAUACAGCAAAUUUGUAAACUUCGGUUUAAAUCUAACGAAUGUUAGGAAGCUUAUAUUACGUUACAAUACACUUGGAAAAUACUUUGCCAAUAACGGAUAUAUGAAAUCAAAUGAAAGUAGGAUAGAACAUAUAGAUUUAUCAUACAACUCCAUCUACAAGUUGUAUUAUCCGAUAUUUCAUGGACAGCCUAAUUUACAGAAUAUCGAUUUAAGUGGUAAUUUGCUACGGGAAAUUUCAUUCGACUUGUCAUACUCACUAAGUCUGGAGUCUUUGAAUCUGUCUGGAAAUUAUAUUAUGCUUUUUCCUGAAGCAACAAUGAGGAACUUAGACACAAUAUCAAAAUACAGGAAACUUACAGUAGAUCUGAGUCACAAUGACCUCCAGUGCAGUUGCUCUGCUUUAUCGUUUUUGUUAUGGAUAAGAAAUGGACCGGUUCAUUUUCAUCAAUUUGAACACUACAAAUGCUCUACAUCUGCUGAGUCAUUAGAGUAUCGAACAGUGCAUGAUGCAACGACGCAUUUACAAAAGGAAUGCAUAAACACGAGCCAUGUUCUCGCUGAAGCUUCAUCCUUGCUUAUUAUAAUGCUCGGUAUCAUUAUAGGAGCAAUAGUAUAUAGGCAAAGAUGGAAACUACGUUACAUGUUUUACUCUGCUAAGAGUAAAUACAAAAAAUACAAAGCCGUCGCAGAUGUAAUCGAGUACACCUACGAUGCAUUUAUAUCCUAUUCAGAAGACGACAGAUCAUUUGUGUUGACCGAUUUUAUUGAAAAACUUGAGAAAGAAGAGAAUCUUAGUUUGUGUAUCAAUCAUCGCGACUUUGUUCCUGGAGAUGAUAUAACUGACAAUAUUAUAAAUGCUAUUCAAAAAAGUAGAAAAACAAUUUGUAUUAUAAGUAAAUCAUUCUUUGACUCAUACUAUUGUAUGUUUGAAUUUAACAUGGCCAGAAUGGAAGGAAUACAUUCAAGAAAUGGAUUGAAUGUUAUAUUCCUGGUUCUUUACAAGCACGUGAGGUCAAAGGAUAUACCCUUAGUGAUUUAUGAACUCAUACAGAAUCAGUCAUACAUAGAGUAUCCUGAUGAUCCACAAGACACUGAUAAUUUCUGGGCGAAGGUCAAAGAAGCCGUUUGCGUAUAAAUGCUUUUUAUAUAUUUGAACAGAAUAGCUAUAUAACUCCAAUUAAGUAAUGAUGAUGCUGAUUAUUAGUGAACUUUACAUGCUAUAUUAAAAAUAAAUGAAAAAUGUUCCCUUACUUUUAAAUACAGUAAGAUAUGUUAGUAAACAUUUGAUAUUUAUUAUCCUGUUUCUUGUAAAAAAGAUAAAGAAUUAUAAAGAUGUUUCAAUUUU